AAUUUAGCUGUACAGCCAGCCGUGACUUGACUAAUCCCACUACAAGUGCACACUGAUAUCCCAGGACGGUCUCCGAUGUUGAUUCACCUCUCCCUUUGGUGAUAUUGAAACUGGUAUCACGGUCCUCUGCGCUGUACUUUAAUUCAUUGAGAUGGCGUGCUCGUAUUCCUUGAGGCCUUUGCGCUCCAUACCCGAUCUCAUCCCUGCUUGCAUCAAGAUCUUAAAGGAUGAAUGGCCGCAAUGCAAGGCGGAACUUCUACCGAAGCUGGUCAAGCAAGAACUCACCACUGCGCCAUGUUCGUAUGGAUUGGUCGAGCACCCAGACGACGCACGUGAUAAGGCAAGCCUAGUGGGUCAUUUCCGUUUCAUCCCCGUCAUCAACAGGGAGCGGGCGCUCUACGCAGAGGGCUUGUGUGUGGAUAGGGCGCAAAGGGGGCGUGGCCUUGGUGACAAGGCGAUUGCGUUAAGGGAGGAGUUGCUGGCAGAGAUGGCAUACGCGGAGUUACACUUGUGUACUUCUCCCCAUCGCAAAGAUUACUACCUUAGUCGGUCUUUUUCCAUCUGUGAUGAGGCGCCGCACACUUUGGGAGCCAACCUGCUUCACACCAGUCGUGCUUUGGGAACCGCUCCCUAUUUUGUCAGUUGGCAUGGCAACGUCCUGUAUCCAGGGUGGGAGUCAGAGUACGAGGGCGGCGCCAUAGCAACACAGAAAGAAGUAGCUGACGGGUAUAUUGGUGUGUAUUUUGUAAAGAAACUAAGUGGCUAAAAGUCUGCAUUAUAUUAGCUCGACAGGACCGGGGGGUAGGGAACCAGACAUGAAACUGCCUUGGCCUAUGGAGGCCUAUUCGGUCGGUAACUGUCAACUGAUUCCAUAGGAUCAAUUUCUUUUGAUUCCUUUUUGUCGUUUGAAGCAAAACAAUAUUUGCUCAUAAUCUUCAGUAGAAUGCAAAAUAACUAAUCGUUUCAGCUCAACGGAUAGGCCUACUACACAUUUUUUUAGAAAACAAAAUUAUUCUGGUCUUGUGGAUUUCGUCGCUAAAGCGCUUCUGAACUCUUGCAUACGAACUCUUGUAAAAUCCAUAAAUCAGCACCCAUGACAUGAUUUUUUUUCCAUUCUGCUGACUGAUUGUUGAACAUGACGUCGAGGUGCCAUACCAGUGGAUAGAUAAUCCUCGCAGUACAUGUACAUGUAGUUAAUUCACGAAUACCGUCAACUUUUAAUAACUGGUGCCCAUGGGUACGCUUGGAAAAAAACAUCUUCAAUUAUCGUUUUCUAAACCUUUCUUUUACCAUUUCAUGGGGUAUAAUUUCACACGGUAUCUAGUACCAGUCCAGUGGCGAAUCGGAGUUGCACCCCCCCCCCCCCGUUUAGCCGCUGUCUAAUGUUUUUUGUUGUUGUUGUUGUUGUUUUUUUUUUUUUUUAAAUUUUAACUCUUUUAAUGCUUCACUGUUGUGUGUAAUUUAGUUUUAUUGUGCAUUUCCAUCAUUGUUUUAUGUUAUUUUGUUCCUAUCUUUCAGAAUUAUAUUUACUAGUUUAAACGAUUUAUUGUUGCGUGUAAUUGUUUGAUAAUAUCUCUAUUUUAUCUCCUUUGUUUUUGUUGGCCAUUUGGUUUAAGGGUGGUUUUUUCCCACUUUAAAUUUAUAUGUACUUAAUAUUUUUAACGUUUUAUUAUUGUGUGUAAUAUGUUUGUUCGCGCGUCUAUUUUAUUUUUCUAGUUUUUUGGGUUGGUCAUAGAUUUUAUCAUGUUAAUUUUAUUUUUUCUUUGCUUUUUAUACGUGAAAUUUCAAGUAUUAUCCUUUUUGUUUUAUAGUUUACAUGAUUUUAAGUUUUAUCCUGAAGCAUUGUAAGCUAUUGAGCUCAGUGAGAAUUACAAAUUAUACACACGCAUUCAAAUACAAAUGGGAUUUUAAUUAUUUGAGUCAAAACUGAAACAUUAUUUUUAAUGUAAGAUUUGUGUGUUUUGAAUAUGAGGAACAAGUCCACUCUUUGUUUUCUGAAAUAUUGAUGGGGAACUUUGUCUGUUUUCCUUUGCAAGUUUUCGUUCAUUCGUGGAGGUUGGAAAACGUUUAUGUUUCAUUGUAUUUAUUUCGUAGAACAGUGGUGGACAGUGGUGGACAGCUUAAUUUUGUGAGCUUAAUUUUGUGAUCUUUUUAAUAAAAUAGUCAUGAUUUUGGAAUAGAGUAUGCAAAUAA